AUGGAUUCUGGAAGAGCAUGUGCUGACGGUGAAAAUUCCGUCGCACAUUACUUACUACGCGUGACGAAGGAGGAGCAGAGGUACAAGAAGCCGAGACCACUUCCCCAGUGGUAUCAGCAGAAAAAUAAAGACCGAUGGUGUGAGUUCCAUGAAUCAUCGGGACAUCACACCGAAGAAUGUAUCCAGCUGAAGGACCAAAUUGAGGAUAUGGUCCGGAAAGGUUACUGGAAAAAGUAUCUCGCGGAUCACCGCGAGAAAAAAGCUGAGAUAGCAGAGAAAGACCCUCGGCAAGAAAUUGACUUCCCCCGGAUGAACAGCAACUCGUCGGACAAGGAAACUUUUCUGACAAUCCUUACCAUUUCCGGGGGCCUAAGUUCUCGGAGAGAGCGAAAACGUCACUUGAGGGCGCUGACCCAUCAGGUGAACAAUGGUGACAUCCAGCCUCCCCAAUCGCCGGUGCCGAACAUGACGUUCACAGUCGCUGACUUCCGGGGGGUAACGUACCCUCAUGAAGAUCCUCUGGUGAUCAUAAGGCGAACCCUCAUCGACGGUGGUAGCGGAGCAAACAUUUUGUUCCGAAAGGCCUAUAACCAGAUUAAGCUGAAGACCAAGCACCUCACGCCAGUACCCUACCCGGUAUCUGGAUUCGACGGGUCUUCAACUUACCCCGACGGGAAAAUCACACUUCUUGUCACUAUCGACCGCGACGAAGCAGCCAGGAACUUCAUGGCCGAAUUCUUGGUCAUAGACGCUCCAUCCGUAUACAACAUGAUCAUAGGGAGACCUAUGAUUCACGAGAUUCAGGGGGUAGUCUCCACGUACCAUCAGAUUAUGAUCCACGUUUCAAACGCCGGCUACCCCGAAAGAAUUGAGGGCAGCCAAAUGGAAGCCCGAAGAUGCAACUACCUCAAGCCAUCCACAAGUCGUUCGAACGACGAUGACGAGGAUGAGGAGGAAAAAGAAAUGGAGCGAAGUGCGAAGAAGCCGAAAGGCCUAAGCGCUUCGGCCAAGGUACCCUGGCAAAAGAAAAAUCGCUAG